CCACUAUCACUCCACUCUUCCUCUCUCUUGCCCUACCUCAGAAAGCCACACUCCAAAACCACCACCUUCCCCCGAGAGCACAAUCCGCCACCGACCCAUCACCGGAACCAUGCUCCGCCUCCUAAAGCCGCAACCUUUCCCCUCCGGGUACCACCUCAUCCAACGCUGCGCCGUGAGCGGCACCGCAAAGGGCAAAGCGAAGAUCAAAGCAGGCCAAGCGCUAAAACGCUCCCGCAUCACCACGAAGAAACCCGGAUCCGCGACCGCAGGCCCACCUAUGUCGCGUGAGCGCCAAGAACGCGAGCGCCUCUACGAACAAUGCCUUCAAGCCCCAACUCCUCUCCGCCACCUCACCCAAAAGGAGCGCGAACGCGAAGCGGAGCGCGAGAAAUUGGGUCUCAUCAGCAAGGAUCGGCAGCGAGAAAUCGACAUGAUGAAGCGAAAAGACGACAAAUUUAAGGUUUCGGAGAAGCCCACGAUUAUUGGGACACCUGGGUUGGAUUACGUGAGUUUAGGUUUGGUGGAUGUGGACAAGUUGCCGAAGUAUGAUUUGACGGUGGAAGAUGGGAGGAGGUUGGCGAAGGAGUAUAGUAGGGUUUUGAUGAGGAAGCAUAGAGCGAGACAGGCUGCGGAGUCCAAUCUUUUGAGGAUGAAGAAGGAGGCUAUUGAGGCUUUGCCUGAGGGGUUGAGAGAGGCUGCUUUGGUUCCUGAUUUGGCUCCUUUUCCAGUUAACCGGUUUAUGGCGACUCUUACGCCGCCUAUUGAGGGUUACAUUGAGCAGGUUAGGGAGGCGGCGAAUAGGAUCAGUGGAAAGGAGAAGAUUAGGUGAUUUUGUGUUUAUGAAUUUUGUCCACUGUUGAAUGGAAUGGAUUGGAAUAACAAAUGUCAUUGGUUUGUUGUUGGACUGAUUGGAAUUGGAUGUAAUGUGAUCAAAAUGAAAUAUAUUUAGUUUGAUGUUUUUGUUGUUGUUCUUGUUGUUUUGAGAGUUUGUGGAAUGGAACUAUGGGAUGAAACUAACUUACUAUUUGUUUAGAGGUUGGGGAUGAAAUGAAAUGAAAUGCUGUAAGCUGCUUCGCAUUGUUUGAGAUUGGAUGAAAUAAAAUGCGAUGUGAUGAUGGUUUUGUUUUCCUUUCCCU